AUGUAAUAAAUAGACAGAACUUCUGUUACUUCAUUCAUGUUCAUAGUUUCCUGUUUCUCAAUUCUUGAAACUCCAUUACUUUCAUAUCCUCCAUAAAACUGCGAAACUCCAUUAAAAACUUUCUUGUAUUGCCAUUGCUGCCAGUUGGGUAAAUGAGUAGCAGCAAAUGAAACUCCCAAAAACUUUACUUGGAUCAUUAUCAUUAUAUCUUAGCUCAGAAAUCAACCAAUGUUCUACCCAUAAACAUAUAUAUAGAUAUGCUUCAUCAAUCCCAUCAUCUAAGCUGUUUCAUAAAGAUUGGUUAUCCCCAAAUGAAGUUGUUCAAAUUUUCUCUACUUUAGAACCCAAUUCUGUUCUUCCUAUGUUGCAUCAUAUUUCUAAACGGAAAGAUUAUAAACCCAAUGAAGCUCUUUAUAUUGUCAUAAUCUCCAAUCUUGGUCAAGCCAAAUACUUUGAUGCAAUUGAUGUUAUUUUGAAAAUCAUACGAACCCAGAAAUGUGUCCGCCUUUCUGAUGAUUUUUUCUACAAUUUGAUCAAGAUUUAUGGGAAUUUAGGUGGUUUGAAUAACAGGGUAAUUGAUACCCUUUUCAAUAUGCCAUGUUAUAAUUGUUGGCCUUCAACUAAAACCUUUAAUUUUGUGCUGAAUUUUCUAGUAUCUUCCAACCAAUUAGAUGUGAUUCAUGAAGUUUUUCUGGGUUCUACUAAACUUGGAGUACAGAUUGAUGCUUGUUCAUUGAAUAUUUUGAUUAAAGGUUUGUGUAAAUGUGGGCGUUUGGAGGAUGCCUUCCAAGUGCUCGACGAAUUUCCUGAACAAAAGUGCAAACCAAAUAAGCAGACUUUUUCUACCAUAAUGCAUUGUAUGUGUGAAAAGGGUAUGGUUGAUGAGGCUUUUGGAUUAAUUGAGAGGAUGGAAAAAGAAGGGAUUUCUCCGGAUGCCGUAGCAUUUAAUAUUUUGAUUUCAGGCUUGCAAAAACAAGGGAGAAUUGAGGAAUCAAUGGAGUUAUUAAGUAGAAUGAGAAUCAUGGGAUGUGAUCCUAAUAAAGGGUCUUAUCAAGAGGUUUUAUAUGGACUUCUCAAGUCUAAGAAAUAUGUUGAUGCCAAAAAUUUUGUGCAUUUGAUGAGAUCUAAGGCUUUGAUUCCAAGCUUAUUGUCUUACAAGUUGUUGGUGUUGGGACUUUGUGAAGAGAAUUUGCUUGAAGAUGUGAAUUGGGUGUUGAAUAGUAUGGUUUCUGUUGGGUUCGUUCCUCCUAUGGGGGUGUGGAGAACCGUCCUUAAAACAAUAUUGUCCGGGCAUGACUCCCCUCGCACUGAAGAAAUUCUAUAGUAGUCGUCUUCUAGAGAAUCGGCGACGAAUUAGCAACAUCGUCUUGUUUGUGCACAAUGCGUAUCAAUUUCCUUAAUGUCGAAUUCCGACAUGUAUCAAGAACACAUAUUUAAGAGAAGAAUGCUAAGUUUUAAGAAACACAAACUUGAUGCUAUAA